UACAAUUCACGAAUCUGCCAAAAAGAUGCGAAAAGUACCAAAAUGAUUUAUCAUCCACCUUAAUAAACUAUUCCGAAUAUACAAUGAAAUUGGACAGAGUUACGAAUAUACAAAAAUAUUUCGCAGGUAAAGAUGAUAAUAAGCCUCCUCGAGCUCUCGGAGUGCUGCGGGAGGGUACCCCAAGGCAGGGGGUUAGGGGGGAUGUGGAGCACGGUGGCUACCCUCGACUGCACCACGCCGGCACCCUCUGCGAGGUCUAAGCACAGCGCUACCUUGGUCGGGGAUCACGUUUACCUGUUGGGUGGAAGGAAUGGCAACCUGCCUUUGAAGGAUUUUUGGAGCUAUAAUUUAGUUACAGGAAAAUGGCAGCAACUGAAACCAACAGGUGACAAGCUACCCUGUUUGCAAGAACACUCUGCAAUAGCCCAUAAAGAAAACAUCUACGUUUUUGGGGGAGAAGUAGGGUUUUCAGCAGGGUCUGAAACUCCCCUCUGGAUCUAUGACAUCAAAGCAAACACUUGGAGGAAAGUCAGGUCGAAAAAAGGCUGCGCUGCUCCCAAAGGCCGUCGUGGUCACACAGCCCUGGUGUUCAAAGGUUCGAUGUUUAUUUAUGGGGGCUACCAGGACCUGAGGGGAUCAUCCAGCGAGUUAUGGGCCUUUCAUUUCGAUACUGAGUCAUGGCAUCUGAUAUCCAGCUCUUCGAAAGGGGUACACAACAAUGACUGCUUCCCAGCACCAAGGCAUAAGCAUUCUUGCAUAAUCCACGAUGAUUCUUUAUGGAUUUAUGGUGGAAUGACAGAUCUACAGGAGCGGUCCGAUCUUUGGAGAUGGGACUCGAGGACUCGUGUCUGGACCAACGUGAAGACCAAGGUGAAUCCUGGACCUUUGCACAGCCACGCAGCCUGUAGAUUUCCCUCUUUCAUGAUUAUAUUCGGGGGAGAGAGGGGAGGAAAUCCCACGAACGAGUUGUGGAAAUUUCAUUUUGGUGCUGAAACGUGGGAAAAGAUGGUGACGCCCGGCCUGAAGCCCUCUCCUAGGGCGGAAAGCAUCGCCCUGACGAUCUCCGAACUGCUCCUCAAGGACCCCUCUGUGCAUUCCCUGGAGACCAAGGCGGCGAAAGUGCGAUCGAGGACCUGCAAUUCAGCCGACAGGGGCGGCAGGCACUCCUCCUAUCUGCCGAGCAACAGGGUUGCUCCGAGCGAAAAGACUUACGUAUUCAACCCCUCCCAAAACAACUACACGGACGGUAGCAACGACUUUAACCACCAGCAGAACCAAGACAACCGAUCCUCCAGGAGUUUCCUACAGGAAAUCUCGAAACUGUCCCAAAUCAACAUCUCGAGGCUCAACAACAAAUGCAGCUACACCGUACUGACUGGAUGUAACGGAGAUAGCACUGAGAGUCUACUGAAACAACACGCCUCACCCCAGAACGCAGAAACGGAGCUAAACUUAGAGAUGGCGUCUUCAACUCCUGCAAGAAGUAAGAUGGUGAAAUCGAAAUCAGCCUUUGUGAUAAAGAAGAACAGCCCUGAAGCCUCCCCAGAUGACAAUAAGGAAUAUACCACGAAAAAACGAGUAGAAUUCGACAUGUCCAGCGUGAAGAUAACCAGGGAUCCCAUAUCUGUACCUAACUUCAGCCUCAUCAAUCUACCAACGCCAGUACUGACCCCAGUAGAAGCCGCUAAGCUCGUUUACUUAGACACAGAUGACGAAAACGAUCUUGGUAUAGAGUAUCGAAACAACAGAGAGAACGCUUUGGUGGAAUCUGAGUUGAAUGUCUUAAAAAGAAGCGAUAGUUACAGUUCCCACCUUGGCUACGCUGAUAACCCCCUCUAUCAACACAUGGUCAAUUCGAAUUCUUGCAAACUGGAGGAAAAUAUCUCUUCUACUUCCGACUACGCCAGUAUCGAAACCAUGAACAGACUAUCCUCGGCAAGUAACUACAGCGUGAAGACCACAACCCCCUUAGAAGAGAACGUGAAAAAUAGGGAGAGAGACAAACCUGGUCCCUUUGGCUUCUGCAAUCCGAACUACAUGAGGCCAGACGUUAAAUCUAACCUCAUCAAUGGAGACCAAGACAGGAAAGCCUUCGUUCAGAUCUUGAACAAUGUUGCCAAAGGGGAUUCGCGUGGAUCUCAAGAAGAUAUAUUGGAGAUGCAGAACUGUAACGAAAGUUACAGCAGAAACACCAAGGUUCUUUACAGAAAUUCUGCAAGGUUAGCUAGACCUCCCAAAUCUCUGUCUAUAGAUUGCGGUGCUAGGGUGAAGGACAACAACAAAUGCAGGGCUCUGAGUGCCAGUGGCGUAGAUAGGAGAAAGAAAUUGGAAAAAGUUGAGAAUAAUAAUGUAGACAACACGUUUCCUUUCUUCAUGUAUCUGAUUGGAGGUAAAGAGCAUGGACAGGUUACUGUUUUUCAAAGGCCUAUCUCCAUAUGGAAAUUGAAGUUGUGCUAAAGCAACUAUAGUUGAAAAAGCUUCGGGAGAAGUUUCGGAAUAAUGUUUUGAAUUUAAGUGAUUGCUACAUAUCCUUGCAUUUUUGUUGAUGUUAUGCUUCAUUUCGAUUGUUUAUUCAUUUAAUCCUACGAAUAAAUGAUUAAUUUUUGGAUGAACAUGAGACAGUUGAAAUUGAAAGAUCAUAUCAAACGUCUGUUGAGAUUUUCUGUUUGAACUGCUGCCCAAAUUCAAGGCGAGAUCUAUAAACGUUUAUGAUUUGCUUCUUCGAGGUAAAUUGCAACAAAAACAGGAAAAAUUACAAUAACAAAUGACCUUCUACACCAAUUAAUAUAUAAAUUUGUAGGAAAACGAAAGUCAAUUCUAGAAAAUAGAAAUACAGUAGAGGAGAAGAAAUUAAAUAGUGUCUUAGGAACUGACAGAUGAAAGACUGACCCUAGACCAUGCUGUAGAAACUUGAAACUUAUUCUUUCGUUUGCGACAGAAAUUUUUUUAUUUUUACGUAGAAAAUUUGAAUGUUGUAGUAUAAGUAAGGAGCAUUAAUAAUUUUCCAACGUCAUUCGAAGAGAUAUUAAUUUUCUAAACUGUUCUUUAUAUCAGAAUCGUCCAUGUUUUUCCUCAAUGUGGGUAAGUUCAUAAUUAGUGCCAAAUAUAAAAUAUGUAAAGUGUAAACCUAUUGAGAAUGUAGAUAGUUGUUGAUUUUUAUAACAUUGGGAUGAACCUAUGUGAAAAUGUUAUCGAAAAUAGAUAGAAGUUCAUCUUGUUCGUGAAAAAUUAAAUGGCUCUAAAGAUUCAUAGAGCAUCCAUGAGUCUAUUUUAUGUACGUUUUCGAAUUAAAUUAGCAAUCGAACAUACAAAAUGAUGUGUUGUUGUGAAGAUUAAUGUUAGAAUUCUGUUGAGACGAUUUUUGCUGGCACUGAAGAACACCGAUUGGAAGAUGUUGAAGAGAAAUAUAUAUUUUUUGGGAGUGAAAAUUUUGUGUGCAAUUAUAUCUUGUCACUAUUUUUGUAGAUGGUAUGUUUGGGACGUGUUUCUGUUAUAGAUUUAUAUUCUUUUUUCCAGAUUUGUCAAAUGUGAAUAAACACUGGCUAUCCCUAUUUUCGACAGUGAUAUUUCAAGGAAAAUCUGUUUCAGGAUUUUUUUCAACAAUGAGAUCUUUUUUUCAGACUGAUUUUCCAAAAUAGGUGACAGAGAAAUUCUGCAAUGUCGAAAGAAGGAAAGAGCCUUUAUAGACUAUCAAUUCAAUAAUCUAUA